AUGUCUGAAGAAGAAGUAGUAGCCCCUCAGAAACAAGAGGAUCAAGUUUUAGAUGAUAGUUUAGAUAGAAGAACAUUAUUCGUCCGUUCUAUUCCAUUUGAAGCCACAUCUACAGAAUUAGAGGAAUUUUUUUCACAAUUCGUCCCAGUGAAGCAUGCAGUAAUUGUUAACGAUGAGAACCAAAAGUCAAGAGGAUUUGGGUUUGUUUCAUUCACUUUAGAUGAAGAUACUUUGACAGCAUUGGUAGAAUCUAGAAAGACCAAAUUCAAGGGUCGUUUAUUGAGAGUGGAUAUUGCAAAAAGAAGAGAACGUAAAGACAGACCAAGCAACAGUGGCAGUGUCACUGCCAGUAAAGAAAGAAGUGCGGUAGCUCCUAUUGAAAAAAGAAGAGCUAGAUUAAUUAUCCGUAAUUUGCCUUGGUCUUGUAAGAAACCGGAUCAAUUGAAGAAGAUAUUUUCUAAGUAUGGUGCAGUUUACGAUGCCUAUAUUCCAAAGAAGAAAGGUGGACAGAUGUGUGGAUUUGCAUUUGUAACAAUGAAAAAAGACUCUGCUGCUGAGAAAGCUGUAAAGGAUUCCGUUGGAUUGAAGAUCGAUGACAGAGAAGUUGCUGUUGAUUUGGCCAUUGAAAAAUCUAAAUGGGAACAAAUCAAGGAAGAUGAAGACGAGGAAGAAGAAGAAGAAGAAGAAGAAGACAACGAUAACGAAGAAGAUAUAAGUUCAACUCAAGAUAAUGAAUCAGAUGCCGAAGAGGAUGAUGAUGAAGAUGAUGAAGAAGAAGAAGCUGAUGGAACAGAAGAGUUUGACGAAUUAAAUAAUCCUGAUUCUAAGGUUGUAGAAGAUGAGGAAGAAGAAGAAGAAGAAGAAGAAGAAGAAGAAAAACCAAGAAAAAAGAGUAACAGACAAGAAGCAUUUUCCCUUUUUGUCCGUAAUAUACCUUAUGAUGCCACGGCUGAGUCCUUGGAAGAACAUUUCUCUCAGUUUGGACCAGUUAAGUAUGCAUUGCCAGUUAUUGAUAGAGAAAGCGGUUUAGCUAAAGGUUCUGCAUUCGUUGCGUUCAAGAAAGAAGAUGCUUAUCUUGAUUGUUUAGAUAAUGCCCCUUCAGUUGCUUCCACGUCAUUGUUAAUCGCAGAUGAUGUUUCCCCAGCUUAUGUCUACCAGGGACGUAUUUUAUCAAUUGCAUCUGCUGUUGAUAGAGAAUCUGCUCAUAAAUUGGCUGAGAGAAAUGUUGAAAAGAGAAAGGAAGUGUUAGGGAAGGCACCAGCAGAGAAAGAUAAGCGUAACUUAUACUUGUUAAACGAAGGUCGUAUUACGGAAAAUUCUAAGUUGGCUCAGUUUAUAUCAAAAACAGAUCUUGAAAUGAGAGAAAAAUCUUAUAAGUUAAGAGUUCAACAAUUAAACAAAACUCCAUCUUUGCAUUUAUCUUUGACCAGAUUAGCUGUUAGAAACAUUCCUAGAGCUAUGAAUUCAAAAGCUUUGAAAGCAUUGGGUCGUAAGGCCGUUGUUCAAUUUGCAACUGAAGUGAAAGAAGAAAAGAGACAACCAUUAUCAAAAGAAGAACUUAACCGUUCUGUUAAACAUAAGCACGACAUUGGAGAAUUCGAAACAGAUAAGAAAAAGACGAAAAAAUUAGGUGUUGUUAAGCAAGCUAAAGUUAUCAAUGAAGUUAAAGGUUCAGGUGAAAUUGGACGUAGUAGAGGUUAUGGUUUCAUCGAGUUCAGAGAUCACAAGACUGCAUUGAUGGGUUUAAGAUGGUUAAAUGCACAUGAAGUUACAAUUCCUGAAGUUUUAGAAGGUAUGUCAGAUGAAGAGAAAAAAUUGGCCGAGUUAGAAGGUCUUGCAAAGAGAAAGUUAAUUGCAGAAUUUGCAGUUGAAAACGCUGAAGUUGUCAAAAGAAGAAGGGAAAAGACAUUCCAAGCUCGUAAUAAUAAGGACAGUGGAGAAACUAAUACAGACAAGAAAAGUUUCGAUAGAAAGAGAAGAAGAGAUGACAAAGACGAUGGCAAAGAUAACAGGGGAGACUCUAGAAAGAAUGAUAAGAAAGCAAGAAAGGGUUCUAAUAAGAAAGGUAAUAUGAACAAAGGUGCAAAACCUGCGCCUAAUGGGAAUCAACCUGAAUCUAAAGCAACGCAAAAUAAAUCAGGAUUAUCUGAUAACGUGAAGAAUAUUAUUGGUAUCAAACGUAAGAGAAGAAAGGGUAAAAACUAG